GGCUGGGCAGGGCACACUUUCGUAUGUUAUACCAGUCUCUCUUAUACGGAGUAAGCAGGACUGUGUCCUUCCAUGGUGGAGUCGUAGCGAAUUGUCGAGUAAAUGAGUUGAUCCAGACACAGCUUGCUGAGGACUGAACCUUGCGAACCGAUUACGUAAAGGCAACAUACAUUCAAAUUACCUGAGAAUCAACGACGUCGUCACCACACUAGCAAUAACAAGAUGGUCAAGGUAGAGUGUUCGAAGAGCUGUUGGGCCGAGUGGGCGAUCAAUAACUUGUUGCUCAUACUGACUAUGAUCGGCGUCGCCGUGGGCUUCAUAUUAGCUUUCACGGUCGCGCCUUUGAAUCCAUCUCUUGAUGCUAUUAUAUGGAUAGGUAUGGCUGGUGAGCUGUUUCUACGAGGUCUACAACUUUUAAUCAUUCCGUUAAUUGUUUCCAGUGUAAUAACAGCCGUUGGUUCUAUUAACCUUGGUACCAGUGGAAGAAUGUGUGCUGUCACCUUUACAUACAUAUUUGCCGCCAUGGUGGUUGCCGUGGCAACAGGAUUGAUAAUGACCGUUAUCAUUCAACCGGGAAAGACAGAAGGUGGUACUUCUGAUAUAGAAGUUGCCAAGUACCAAACGCAGGAUACAUUUGCCGAUCUGUUAAGGAACCUCGUCCCGGACAACAUCGUCGCCGCAUGUAUUCAAACGGCUUACACAGAGUACGAGACUGAUGACGUGAUUGUAUCAGGUGUCAACGGUACAAAUGUAACAAAAACUGUCGUCGUUGGAAAGUCUGUCGGUAUGACUAGCGGCACCAACAUGUUAGGUUUAGUGGUUUUUUGCAUAUCGUUGGGUCUAGCUAUGAGUACCGACAGAACAUCUACCAAGCCUUUAUUGGAUCUUAUGAUGGCGUUAAGAGUAGGGGUCUUCAAAAUGUUCAAUGUUUACAUUUGGACGUUACCUGUAGGGACUGCAAGUCUCAUCGCCUCGUCUUUGUUGAGAGUUGAUGAUAUGUACGGAAUCUGGCAAAGUUUGGGUAAAUUCGCCGCCGCUGUGAUCGUUUCCUUGGCAAUAUACGAGUUUAUAUGGAUGCCGUUGGGCUAUUUUGCCAGCACGAGAAAGAACCCAUUUAUUGUAUACUAUCGCAUUGGUCGGGCUUUAUUCACGGCACUGGUCUCAAAAAGCAGUGCUGCCACUUUACCAGUGCUGUUCAAAUGUUGCGAGUAUGGCCUUAAAUUUCAUAACAAAGUCUGCAGCUUUGCGUUGCCGAUUACUAUGUUCAAAGGAGAUGGUUCGGCACUGUUUAUAAUAUGCAGUGUACUGUGGUUAGGCCAACGAGCUGGAAUGGAUAUGGGGGCUGAUCAGAUUGCACUUGCAGGCAUACUGACUGUGAUUUUGACAUUCUGUUUACCUGCUGUGCCGAGUGCUAGCUUGGUUGGUAUUGUUCUUAUAUGUAAUUCUACUGGCAUUCCGUCAGAGGAAGUCGGUCUUCUAAUAUCCAUGGAGUGGCUUUUGGAUGCUUUACGGACCUGUGUGAACGUCUCUAGUCAUGGCAUCUGCACAGGAAUCGUCAAUCACUUCAUGCGUAAUUCUUCCUUUGGAGACGAUGACGAUGACAAUGACAAUGACAACAUAUCAGCUGAAUCCGGGGAAUACACAGUGAAAGUAGUGCAACCGAAUUCAGAUGAUGUCCAAAGACCAGAGUUGUACAAGUUGGUAGAUCAGAACGGACAAACAGACGGAUAAACAUCAUGUGACAUUGGGGAUGUUGAUCAACAAAGUACUGACUUUAAAAAAAAAUAUUUCAUGAAGCGAUAUUUUAUAGUUUUUAAAUAUUAAUUAAUUAACCCUAUUUUGACAUCGCGACUGAUAUAG